AGCACUGCGGCUUGUAAGCUAUUUGUAUGAAGAUACAAUUUAAAAAAAAAACAAUAUAUCUACUUCAAAUUUAUAGCAAUCUAGGGUUCGCCACGAUGAAUCUAUUUUCUAGAAGCUCCGGCAACAGCCCGAAGGUCAACUUUGAGUCGGACAUCAACUAUCCCCCCUUCAAGUUCCACAACCUACGGAAACAGUCCGACACCCAGGCUGGCAACUACCCGGCAUGGUACCAUCAGCGAGUCCCGGAAGAUCAGAAGACACAGUUCUCACCCAAGCGGGAGCCUUCCAAGUUUCGCAGCCCGUCCGCUCCAAGUACGCCAAAACUGAAGAAACUAUCCGUAGUUGACCGCUCCGGCUUUGUAGACCUGCUUCAGAGAAAGCUGUCUAGGGCGAUCAUGAGGUCUAGACAGAACACGGCAACUAUCUUCGACAUGAACAACAUCCCCCAGAUGACCCAGAUGAGAAACUUUAUGCUCAUAGUCUGCACCAGUUGUUUUUUCUCGGCACCUAUGGUCUACAUGCCUUUGGGAUCAAUACAGUCCGAAUUUAAUCAGAACUGUUUUCUUUUUACAAAUAUAAAACUGAUUCACCUAAAACAGGCGAACGAUUCUGUUGGAGAUAAUGAAAAAAUAUCGUUUGACCCAGCCAACACAGUGUGGGGAUCCCGGUUUUACUGCGACUUUACGACCUUUGUUCCCGUCGCCGUGGCCAUCUCUUCAGUCAUGGUCGGCUGGUCCACCUUCACUAUAUGGCCAGCUAUGAUGUCCCUGAACAAGGGCGGAACACUAAUGGCUCUUUACUUAUCGAUCUCUGUUGUGUCUCUCUGUGUGGUGUCGGUGUCCAGCAUCAUGCUUAAAGAGGGCUACAAAAACACUUGCGAUUUACUGGAGGCGCAGGAUGAAUUUAAAGGGUACUCAUGUAAACACUUGAACAACAAGGACAUCAAGCUUCCAGAGUCCCAGCAUGAGCACAACUUCGCCCAAAAUAUCAACAAAGCGAUGUCAUUGGCGCUGAUGGGUGGAUGGUGCUUGAUUGGAUUUUCUGCUUCUCAAGUUUUUAUUUGCAUCUACACCUGUGUCAUUAUCUGGUUCUAUUACCAUUACGUUCCUAACCUUGAAGAAUCUAUUGACUUGGGCUCGGAUCUUAGUUCAACAUAAACUAAUAUGUGACUGCAAGAAAUGCCACUUACUAUCGCUCAAAAGGCUAUACAUUAAUACAGAUCAAGUGUUAUUGUUGACUGUUUGAAUUUAAUUUAGUGUUAGAUUUAAGAAAUAGUAAUUUUAAAUGUUUAUGUUUUCUAAACAUUACUUCUUUUUCUUAUUUGCAA